AUGUUUCAUCAGCUGCACUUGGACUUCAACGUUCAGCAGUGCAAUACAUUUACUAGAAAAACGGAGUACAUGAAACGGAGUCCAAACCCGGGCCAUGACAGUGCAGUGCGAGGCUCAAGAAUGAAUGAGAAGGGAAGGCGAAUAAACCGCAACGCACGCUCGAAAAAGGGCAGUGGAGCACUAAUUGAAACCGUACGACUGAUGCAAGCAAAGCUCCCAAUCCUUAAGUAUGGCAGCACCGAGAGUUAUUGGGCAUUCAGGAGACAGUUUCAAGAAUUUUUUCUUGACACAUCAGCUUCAGCCAUGCACAAAUUAAACCAGUUAUACACCAGUUGCGACUGGGAGAUUCAAAAACUCAUAUCUCAUUGCAUGGCAUUACCAGCAGGUAGGGGUCUCAAAGUAGCGCUAAAAAUACUAGACAAAAGAUUUGGUGAUGAAAAUACGUACAUGAAUCAAUCACGGGAGAAGUUAAUUAGAGGACCCAAAAUAAGAGAGAAUGAUUACCGGGCACUCUCUACAAUGUGUGCCCAACUGACGUCAUUCAUUUCAUUUGCGGAAAACUUGGACAAACUGACUGAAAUUGACAAUCGACCAACAAUCAGAGACAUUAUAUUGAGAUUGGAUGAUGCCAUGCAAAGCCGUUGGAGUGUAUAUUGGACAGGAAAAAGGGGUGAACGCACUCAGCAUAUAAAGGAUGUCUUGAAGUUCCUGGAAAGAGAAACCAAGAGAAUAGAAAAUGAACUCGUCCUUAAAGAAAAUUACAACACAGAGACCCAGAGAUUAUACAUUGGAACACAGGAGACUCAAAGGGAAGGUACGUCCGCUGGAAUGAAGCGCAAUCAUAAGUACCCAAUUAAACCACACACUCGUGAAGUGUCUCUUAUUACACAAAGCGAACCACCCACAAGAUUCAUCGGGAGCAGAGGUGUUACAAACAGAUGCCGUUUAUGUGGGGAGAAUCAUACACUUUCUUUGUGUGAUGUGUUCAGAGUAUUGCAUGUGGACCAUCGCAAAAAGAUUGUGAGGGCACAAGGAAAAUGUUUUGUUUGUCUGAAGGAGAGUCAUAUGGCUAAGGAUUGCAGAGCACGGCCUUGUGGUGUAGACAACUGCAAUGGACGUCACUCUAGAUGGCUUCAUGAAACCUCACCAGACAACCAGAUCUGGGUGACCCAUACCAUAGGCAGGGAGAAAAGGAUAGCACUGCCCAUAGUGCCAGUUGUUCUGUCUGGAGACACCCAUAUAAAACCAAGGAUUACAACUUGUGCUUUACUGGAUUCUGGCAGUACCCGUUCAUUCUGCUCAAGGAAAAUUGUGGAGCGACUAAGGCUAAGAGAAAAGAGGCAACCCACGGUAAUUGCCACCCUUUUAAAUAAGGAUCAGCAAGAGUCAACAUGUGUUGAGCUAAUGGUCACAGGUUUAUAUGGAAAAAGGACAACUCCCUUAAGGCUAACAGAAGUUAUUGUCAUGGAUUCCCUACCUGAAAGUCUAAUGGAGACCAAAGCAGAUCCAGACAAGACAGCUCAGUGGGUGCACUUGAAAGACUUAGCACAUAUGCACAGACAGGUGAAACAUCUAUCAGUAGAAUUGUUGAUCGGACAGGACUCUCCUCAAGCACUGACACCUAUCGAAGUCCGGAGAGGACAAAGUGGGGAGCCAUUUGCAAUCAAGACAAAGUUAGGAUGGUCUAUAAAUGGUCCACUAGAUUUGACAAAGGGCGAGGCUAUAAGUUUUGGCGCUUUUGUGGAAGAAGUACCAAAGAAUAAACUUCAAUGCCCAUUGUUGGAGAAGGCAAUCAAGCGGUUCUGGGAGAUAGAUGAGGGUGAAGACCCAGAUAAAAGAGGACAGUCGGUGGAAGAUCAACAGGUUAUAACUAUGUGGAAAAGAGAAGGGAACAGAACUGGAAACCAUCACCAAUUUCCAAUACCCUUCAGGGAAAGAGACCUUACCAUGCCAGACAACUUAUCAAUGGCGCUCAGGAGAUUAGCAGGACUGAAGGCCAGGUUGAUCCAGAAGGGAGGGUCGCACUGUCUGCAGACAUUGAAGCCAUGUUCCAUCAAGUUUUGGUAG